GAGCCGGUCCAUCACAGCGUCACCAUUCACCCGUCCACUGAAUCCUUACCAAACCACACGCUUGAGUUCACAUGAACGUAAACACACCCCGGGACCAUGCUGCACCGCUGCGACGCACCCCGGCUCUCUCCUGCAGACAGACUGCGAGACUCUUCUGCCGGCAUCGACAGGUAUAACCCGGAGAAUCUGUCCACGCUGGAGCGGUACGUGGACACUCAGGCCAGAGAAAACGCCUACGACCUGGAGGCCAACCUGGGCGUGCUCAAACUGUACCAGUUCAACCCGGCGUACUUCCAGACCACCGUCACGUCUCAGAUCCUGCUCAAAGCGCUCACCAACCUGCCGCACACAGACUUCACGCUCUGCAAGUGUAUGAUCGACCAGACCCACCAGGAGGAGCGUCCGAUAAGACAGAUCCUGUAUCUGGGAAACCUGCUGGAGACGUGCCACUUCCAGAGCUUCUGGGCCAGUCUGGAGGAGAAUCGAGAUCUCAUUGAUGGAAUCACAGGAUUUGAGGACUCAGUGCGGAAAUUCAUCUGUCAUGUCGUGGGAAUCACGUAUCAGAACAUCGAGUACAGGCUGCUGGCCGAGAUGCUGGGAGAUCCUCUGGACACACAGGUGAAGGUCUGGAUGAAUAAGUACGGCUGGACGGAGAAUGAAGAUGGACAGAUAUUCAUUCAUUAUCAGGAGGAGAGCGUCAAGCCCAAGAACAUCGUGGAGAAAAUCGACUUUGAGAGUGUGUCCAGCAUCAUGGCGACGUCACAGUGAACACACACACACACGCUCACACCUCAUGCCUGAGCUUCCCCUUGAUUGAAUUUUACAAUAAACUCAUUUCAGUUAAGAAA